GCUCUGUCUUGGACUCAACUGGGUCACUCUGAGCAAGCUGAGUGGUCGAACAGUGUGAUUUGACCGCCGUGGACUCGCAGGACAUCUCCAUGGCUUCACCUCUGAAAGCGGGCUUUCACAGACUGGAUAUCCAGAAAACGACAUGGGAUGUUCCAGACCGAUACACGUCACUCAAACCGGUGGGCUCUGGAGCAUAUGGGACCGUAUGUUUUGCAAUUGAAGAGAAGACUAAGGAAAAGGUUGCCAUUAAGAAGCUGUACAGACCAUUCCAGUCUUUGAUCCAUGCUAAACGUGCAUACAGAGAACUCCGGCUGCUCCGUCACAUCCAACAUGACAAUGUGAUCUGCCUCCUCAAUGUCUUCACCCCUGAUUCUUCGCUGGAGAAAUUUGAUACUUUCUAUAUGGUGAUGCCAUUUGUGGCUCAGGAUCUUAGCCACAUCAUGAGGAGGAAACAAUUAUCCAAUAAAGUCGUCACGUACCUCUUCUAUCAGAUACUCAGAGGACUCAAGUAUAUUCAUUCUGCUGGGAUCAUUCAUCGGGAUCUUAAGCCAAGUAACCUUGCAGUGGAUGAAAACUGUGAACUGAAGAUCCUGGACUUUGGACUUGCAAGACACACAGAAACAGAGAUGACAGGUUAUGUGGUGACACGCUGGUACAGAGCCCCUGAGGUCAUUUUCAACUGGAUGCAUUACACUCAAACAGUUGAUGUAUGGUCUGCUGGCUGCAUCCUGGCCGAGAUGAUAACAGGAGAGGUGCUCCUCCCAGGCAAUGACAGUAUUGACCAGCUAAAGAAGAUCCUGAACCUAACAGGCACACCAAACUCUAUGCUGGUUCAGAAAAUGCAAAGCAAAGAUGCCCAGUCAUAUGUCCAGUCACUCCCAGUACAAAGAAAAAAGGCUUUCAAAGACGUGUUUCCUGCUAUGGAUCGUAAUGCGAUCAAUCUGCUGGAAGACAUGCUGGUUUUGGACCCGGAGGUCCGAAUUACAGCAAAGGAUGGCCUGUCACACCCAUAUCUCUCUGAGUUCCAUGACCCUGAAAAUGAGCCUGUUUCACCUCCAUACGAUGAUUCUUUUGAGAGUCUAGAGCUCGCCGUCAGUGAAUGGAAGAGCCUUAUCCACAUGGAAAUCAUGACAUUUGACCCAGACAACCCCGGAGUGACAGCAAUGUAACAUCUCAUCACAUUGGAAGAACAACACUCCAAAGAUUUACACACACCGUUUGAACUAUUGACUUUUUCAAGUUAAACAAUGUUAGGUAGCUACUGUAUCUUUUAAAGCCAGUAAUUAUUGACCAUUUUAAAGUGUGUGAAAUAAAUUUAAAAGCAUUUUAAUACAUUUUAAGUAUUUUAAGAUAAAAGUGUACUUAGGAGAGAUACUGUAAAAGCAUGAAAAAUAAAUGUGAUUUGU